GGUAUAACCAAACCUUCAGCCCAUAUUCAAUAUUCUGUACUUACACAUCACAUUCCAAAAACUGAAACACACUGCAUCACUAGCAGGAAUGGUGAACUGUAGUGUGUUGUAUUUUUUUUUAAUGAAAUCUAUACCAAGAGUAUAUAAUCAAAUACAAUAGCAAUAUGCACUGUAUUUUUCAAUACUUAUUCCUGAGAUGCCACAACAUGCCUUCAAAUAACUACAGUAACAGGCUAAACUAGCUGAACCUGUGUGGGAAGGUGUUACUCUGCACAAACAAGAUUAACUACUGUGCUGCACAACAGCCUUUAAGAAUCCAAGCUGAGGGUGCAAGCCUCUGGUAAAGCAUAUAUAUAUAGCGUGUAUAUAUUCUAGUACAGCAGACUAUAUUUAUUUAUGUUAGUGGAUAUCCCUCACCAGUUAGAAGGCAAUGGACUUCUCUUGGAAUUACAGGUUUGGGAUUAUCAUACUGGGAGACUCGUUUGUGGGGAAAUCGUCCCUGCUGCAGCGCUACACUGAAGGCAUGUUCGACAAGUCCAGGCAAUCUCCAUUGGGGAUUGAUUUUAAAGUAAAGCAUCUGGAAUUUGAACCUGGAAUCUUAAUUAAACUUCUGCUUUGGGACACAGCCGGGCAGGAGAGAUUCAAGUCCAUCUCCAGAUCCUACAUGAGGAACUCGGUGGGCUGUCUCCUGGUGUUUGACCUCACCAAAAGGCAAACAUUUGAACGCCUCAGAGACUGGUACAAUGAGGUGAUCGAUUAUGUAAAGCCCUCAAAGAUGGUCUUUAUACUGAUUGGACACAAAUGCGACUUGGAAGAGGAACAGGAGGUGUCCAAAGAGGAGGCAGAAAGGCUAGCAAAAGAACUGGGCAUAACACACUACGUGGAGGCCUCAGCCAAAGACAACCUGAAUGUGGACUCUGCAUUCGAGAGCCUGACCAUGGAGAUCUAUGAGCUUUUUCAUGCAGGCCGCAUUCCAAUAAGGGAAGGCUGGUAUGGACUGUCAGUCGGGGUUCCUGUGGAUCUAUACAACCCUGAUGAGCCAAAGACUGAAAAAUCUGGAUGUUGUUGAAAAUACCAUUUAUAAAAUUUGUGGCAACAUACAUUCUUUGGAUACAUUUUGACCACUCCCUAUCAUUUUGUACCAUAGUACAAAAUGAUCUGGAUAUGAAAGUGGAUAUGAAAGUGACACACAAAACAAACAUAAAAAAGAUUUAAAUAAUUUCUUAUCGGAUUGUCACUAUUAUGAAUUUAACCCUGAGGCUGAAUUUAAGUAACCUUAACUACACUCUGUUGAAAAUAUAUACCAUAUGUGUUUACUUAUACGCCAAUGUGAAACCACUGUUAAACAGUUCACCCAAUGUAUGGGACAUUUUCAACACAAUGCACAUUCGAAAUGACAAAUUGGGCCCUCAGUUUGGUUAGCGAGUAUAUUGUCAAUAAAGUUUGGUUGCACAGGAUGUACCAGUUUUUCUUUUUUUUUUUCCACAGAGGAAUGACUCAAAUGCAGCAAUAGAUUUAAACAUUCCUGUGAAAGCAUACUCCUGUAAAAUACUGUAUUUCUUUGUCUGUGUUUCUUUGUUUUGUGUGUAUUUAGAUUAUUUUUAAAAAGUGUGUACAGUAGCAAGCACUCCAAGAAGUUGUGUGGCAAUGAACAAUCACAGUUAAUAUUUACAAACUAAGGUUUAUAGAGAUUGAGUUUUCCCUAACUGUGCCAUGUUAAUUUUGGUACUUCAUUGUAUCACAGAAAGAAACAUGCAAAUAAUGUGUUGAAAAGUUUCAAAAUAUUUAAUAGUAAUUAUGUUAUAGGUUUUUUGUUUGUUUGUUUUCUUUUGUUUUCCUUGCAUUGCAAGUGCAUUGAAUCUCUGUCAGUGAAUAUUUUUGUAAAAAUAAAUAAACAAUUUUGGCACCCAAAAA